AUGGGCAAGGUGAGUUUUAGUCCUCAAGACAAUACACAGGUUUGUAUCACUGGAAAUGGCUUUUUUAAGCUUUUUAAGUACUGUGAAGGAACUUUGAAGCAGAUGAAUUUAGAAAAGGGAAUGCCACAAAACUACUUGUGCCAUACCUGGCUGUCCAAGGAGGAAGUUAUAUGUGGCACAGACACAGGCAAACUGAUCUUGUUUGAAACUGGAGAUCUGCUCUGGAAGACAAGUGUAGAGUACAGAAAACCACACAGGGAAUUAGAAGAAGAUGCAACAGCGGAAUAUGAAUGUUGUUCUGUUGGCUCCAGUGGUAAUGAUGGUUCACAACAGGAUUCUUUGCCUCAAAUAUCUGCAAUUGCAGCUUAUUCCAAAGGAUUUGCAUGUUCAUCUAGCCCAGGAAUUGUUCUGCUGUUUGAGAAGAGCAGGGGAAAGGAACUCUACGAGGAGAGUCGAGAAAUCUGGCUUCCUAAGGACCAGUUCAGCAGUGAUCCAAACAAGUCAGGCAGACAGGACAUUAUAUGUAUAUGCUUCAGCCCCUCCGAGGAAACGAUGGUUGUUAACACACAUAAGAAUCAGCUUUACAUGUUUUCUAUGCUCACCACUGAUUUCAUGAAGGAGAGGAUUGCUUAUUUUAAAUAUUUGACUUUCCCAUUGCAUUCUGCUUCCAUCACUGGUCUGGACAUCUGUGUUUGGAAAUCCAUUCUUGCCACUUGUUCCCUGGAUAGAUCUGUCCGCAUCUGGAAUUACCAGACAAACACGUUGGAGCUGUAUAAGGAAUACUGGGUGGAAGCAUAUGCAGUAUCACUUCAUCCCACUGGCCUUUUCUGUUUGGUUGGAUUUUCUGACAAACUACGAUUUAUAAGUCUACUGUAUGAGGACAUGCAUGUUUUCAAGGAGCUUGCUGUGAUAAAGUGUAGAGAGUGCUCAUUCAGUAACAGAGGACAUCUUUUUGCUGCAGUUAAUGGAAAUGUGAUUGAAAUUUAUUCCAGCAUCACCUUUGAGAAUAUUAAUAAUCUGAAAGGACAUAGUGGGAAGAUACGUUCAGUUAAGUGGAGUGCAGAUGAUGCUAAAUUUAUCUCCUGUGACACACAUGGUGCUGUGUAUGAGUGGAACUUGUUGACAGGUAAAAGGGAGACAGAGUGUGUGCUCAAGUCCUGCAGGUACAGCAGCAUUGACCUGUCUUCUGAUGCCAAAGUCAUCCUUGCUGUUGGAUCUGACCAAACUCUCAAAGAAAUUUCAGAGUCUUCGAUCCAGCAUGAAGUUCCUGCUUUUGGUGUUGUUUAUACUGCAGUAGCUAUUUCUCAUUCUGGGCACAUGGUAUUUGUUGGUACAUCUCUGGGGACAAUUCGAGCUAUGAAGUACCCACUACCUUUGACAAUGGAUUUCAAUGAGUAUCAGGCCCAUGCAAGUGCUGUUACAAAGAUGUCCAUAACAAAUGAUGACCAAUUUCUGUUGACUGCCUCAGAGGAUGGCUCUAUAUUUAUCUGGAAAGUAUAUGAGAAAGGAGGUGGGAUAGUGAAAUGGCAGAAGGAAGUUGAGUAUGCUGAGGAAGUGUUGGUCAUGAGGUCAGAUAUAAAAGAAAAGAGUCAGGCAAUGCUGGACCUGCAGAUUCGUGUGAAAGAGCUACAGACAGAAAAUUAUUACCAGCUAAGUCUCAAGGACAUGUACUAUAAUGAAAAAUUAAAGGAAUUAGAAGAUAAUUUCACUCAGGAAAUAAGCUCCCUUAAAACCAAGCAUCAG